GCCCGGCACCCCGGGGCAGGCUCGCCAUGGCGAUGGGCGGCGGCGGCGGCGGCGGACCGGAGCAGGAGGACUCGGUGCUGUUCCGGCGCGGCACGGGCCAGAGUGAUGAUUCUGACAUUUGGGAUGAUACAGCAUUGAUAAAAGCUUAUGAUAAAGCUGUGGCUUCAUUUAAGCAUGCUCUAAAGAAUGGUGACAUUUCCGAAGCUUCAAAUAAACAAAAAGGCACACCUAAAAGAAAACCUGUGAAGAAGAAUAAAAACCAAAAAAAGAAUCCUACGACUCCCCUGAAGCAGUGGAAAGUUGGUGACAAAUGUUCUGCCAUUUGGUCAGAAGACGGCUGCAUUUACCCAGCUACCAUUGCUUCAGUUGAUUUUAGGAGAGAAACCUGUGUUGUGGUUUACACUGGAUAUGGAAAUAGAGAGGAGCAAAAUCUGUCUGAUCUACUUUCCCCAACCUCUGAAGUAGCUAAUAAUAUAGAACAGAAUGCUCCAGAGAAUGAAAGUGAAAGUCAAAUUUCAACAGAUGAAAGUGAGAACAACUCCAGGUCUCCUGGAAAUAAACCAAAUAACAUCAAAUCAAAAGCUGCUCCAUGGAACUCUUUUCUCCCUCCACCACCGCCCAUGCCAGCAGGACUGGGACCAGGAAAGCCAGGUCUAAAAUUCAAUGGCCCACCGCCACCGCCACCGCCACCACCACCACCACCACACUUCCUAUCCUGCUGGCUGCCUCCCUUUCCUUCUGGACCACCAAUAAUUCCACCCCCACCUCCCAUAUGUCCAGAUUCUCUUGAUGAUGCUGAUGCUUUGGGAAGUAUGCUAAUCUCUUGGUACAUGAGUGGCUAUCAUACUGGUUACUAUAUGGGUUUCAAACAAAAUCAAAAAGAAGGAAGGUGCUCACACUUCAAUUAAGGAGUAAUUCAUGCAGUGUUCUUUAAUAGGUGCAGCUCUCUCCCAAGGAGAAUGGUAUUUUGAUGUGCCCUGGUUGGUGUGAACAAAGGUUUCAUCAUUUUCUUCAUGAACGCUUGGUUAGGUGGCACAAUCGUCUGCAUUUCCCCCUUGUUGCAUGUCCCUUGUGCCAGGUGUUUCAAGGGAGUGAUCAGUUGGAAUAACUGAACAACGUAAAUGUGAGUGAUUAAAGGAAACUCAAGGUCCCAUAUGGUGCAGAAAAAUGAAUCUCUCAAAAUCACGACUGAGCACAUUUGUAUACUGUAACUUUCUUAGUAUGUUAAGCUUUAUAUUAAUGCUUUUAAAAAUAAAUGAUAAUUGCUUUUUAACUUU